CCCAGAAUUCUGGAGUAGGCUUGGAGCGGUCACCAAAUAGGGACGCCCACCAGGUGCUCGAUGAAAUGCUCACAGGUUAGUGCUCAUUAGAAGCUGUAUCAAUUGUUCUGAUAUCUUUCAAAUGGAAAAUGCUCUAUUUGUAAGCGCCCACGCUAUCGACCCAAUCCUGGUCGGAAUCUUUGCAAGAGCUGGGCAGACUUCUUCACAUUCCAGUUUAUGGCGCAAAGGGAAUAGUAGAGGGGAGAGAAUUUCUAUAAAGACACAAUAUUUUUCAACCAGAAUUUGCAAUAGAAGAUCUCCUAAGAACAUUCGUCAUCCACGGCGUCCAAAGCUCCCACCAGAACCUGAUUUUAGGCUCCACAGAGUCUUUGAGAAUGAAUACAGGUCCCAUUUGAAACCAAUCCCAGCUGAGACUCCUUGUGAUAAUAUUGCCGCUGAUGACCAUGAUCGAGAGAACCAAGCUGGAAAUGAUGGUGAUAAGUUAAAAGAGGAAGGAGAAGAACAACAAAGAAAGGAUGAGAUCGACUACAAUGAUGGAAACGAAUGGGAAUCAGAUGAGAUUGCAGCCAUUUCAUCCCUUUUCAGAGGGAGGGUUCCUCAGAAGCCUGGAAAUUUGAAUAGGAAAAGACCCCUCCCUCUCCCUCUUCCUCACAAGAUUCGACCUAUUGGUCUUCCUAACCCAAAGACAUUUGCUGCAAAAAAUGGCGUUUCUGCUGCUAGGAAAUCAAUAACAAAGCGUAUGUACAAGGACCCAGGUUUUUUGCUUGGAUUGGCUAAGGAAAUAAAAGGUCUUUCAGAAGAGGAACAUGUAUCUGCAGUUCUCGAUAAAUGGGGCCCAUUUCUUCGAAAAGGUUCUUUGUCAAUGACCGUCCGUGAGCUGGGUCAUUUUGGCCUUCCCGCUCGAGCUCUACAGACAUUCUGUUGGGCAGAGAAGCAACCUCAUUUGUUCCCGGAUGACCGGAUCCUUGCUUCGACUAUUGAGGUCUUGGCCAUGUCACACGAGCUGAAAAUUUCAUCUCAUUUCAAUAAGUUCACCAACAUGUCGAGCCGUGGUGUGUUUGAGGCAAAGCUGAGGGGGUGCAUUAAAGGGGGAAGUCUGAAACUUGCAUUGGAGCUUCUCUCAUCAGCAAGGGAUGGUAAAAGAAUGCUGGAUGCCGGGUUGUAUGCUCAAUUGAUUCUGAAAUUUGGGAAGAAUAGUUACAAUAAAAUAGUUGUACUGCAGUUGCUGGAGGAGCUUGCAGAAAGAGACGAUCUCGAUCUGAAACAGCAAGACUGCACGGCUAUCAUGAAAGUCUGCUCACGGUUGGGGAAAUUUGAACUGGUUGAGGGAUUAUAUGCAUGGUUCAAGAGUUCGGUGCGUGAUCCUGGAGUAGUCAUGUACACUACCCUGAUUCACAGUCGUUACUUGGCAAAGAAAUACCGUGAGGCUUUGGAAGUUGUUUGGGAAAUGGAAGCUGCAAAUUGCCUUUUUGAUCUUCCAGCGUAUAGUGUAGUUAUAAAGCUCUUUGUUGCUUUGAAUGAUCUUUCAAGGGCGUCCCGCUAUUUCUCUAAACUUAAGGAGGCUGGCUUCGCUCCAACUUUUGACCUAUAUCGGGACUUGAUGAAGAUUUAUUCUUCUUCUGGGCGGUUCGCAAAGUGUCAAGAGAUCUCUAGGGAGGCAGAGAUGGCCGGAUUCAAGUGGGACAAAGAGUUAACAGCCAUUGCAACAUAAACAACAUUCCACCCUCGUUUAUUUGCUUUGGUGAAAACUGCAGGGCACAUAUCGAAAAUGAAGUCACUCGACACGACGUGGCGGCUCCUCUAUGAUACCCUGCUGGACGAUCUAAUGGAAGAAAUUUGCACAGGAAAU